ACAGUAAGUCUUCUUGACCUAAGCGGGAAAGAGCGCAGGCCCCUGCGGGGUUGGCUUUUACAUGGCAUUUAUAGACCCGCCCGGAGAGGGUGCGCUGCGCUCCCGCCAUAGUCCCACCACCAGUGAGCGCCGCCCCCACUCGGCUGACUCUCCGCCCGCCCCGCGCCCCUCCCCUCACGGGCUCUGGCCUUAACCAGAGCUCGCGGACUGGCGGGGACAGGUCCCACCUCCUGGCUCCCAGGACGGGUCUACACCAACCUCAGUUUCGGGGCUGCGGCUCACAGAAGUCUAACCUGCCCGGGACGCCCGCACCAACUCCUGCGCGCGGUCCUUCCAACCCUCCUGCUACCAUGAAGAUUGCAGUGAUUGGACAGAGCCUGUUUGGCCAGGAAGUUUACUGCCACCUGAGGAAGGAGGGCCACGAAGUGGUGGGUGUGUUCACUGUUCCAGACAAGGAUGGAAAGGCCGACCCCCUGGGUCUGGAAGCUGAGAAGGAUGGAGUGCCAGUAUUCAAGUUCUCCCGGUGGCGUGCAAAAGGACAGGCUUUGCCUGAUGUGGUGGCAAAAUACCAGGCUUUGGGGGCCGAGCUCAACGUCCUGCCCUUCUGCAGCCAAUUCAUCCCCAUGGAGAUAAUCAGUGCCCCCCGGCAUGGCUCCAUCAUCUAUCACCCGUCACUGCUCCCUAGGCACCGAGGGGCCUCGGCCAUCAACUGGACCCUCAUUCACGGAGAUAAGAAAGGGGGGUUUUCCAUCUUCUGGGCGGAUGAUGGUCUGGACACCGGAGACCUGCUGCUGCAGAAGGAGUGUGAGGUGCUCCCGGACGACACCGUGAGCACGCUGUACAACCGCUUCCUCUUCCCUGAAGGCAUCAAAGGGAUGGUGCAGGCCGUGAGGCUGAUCUCUGAGGGCAAAGCCCCCAGACUCCCUCAGCCUGAGGAAGGAGCCACCUAUGAGGGGAUUCAGAAGAAGGAGACGGCCAAGAUCAACUGGGACCAGCCGGCAGAGGCCAUUCACAACUGGAUCCGCGGGAACGACAAGGUGCCGGGAGCCUGGACAGAGGCCUGUGAACAGAAACUGACAUUUUUCAACUCAACGCUGAACACUUCAGGCCUGGUGCCCGAGGGAGACGCUUUGCCCAUCCCAGGAGCCCAUCGGCCAGGGGUGGUCACCAAAGCAGGACUCAUCCUCUUUGGGAAUGAUGACAAAAUGCUGCUGGUGAAGAACAUUCAGCUGGAGGAUGGCAAAAUGAUCCUGGCCUCGAACUUCUUUAAGGGGGCAGCCAGCAGUGUCCUUGAGCUGACAGAGGCAGAGCUGGUUACUGCGGAGGCUGUGCGGAGUGUUUGGCAGCGGAUCCUCCCCAAUGUCCUGGAGGUUGAAGACUCCACUGAUUUCUUCAAGUCAGGGGCCGCGUCUGUGGACGUUGUGAGGCUGGUGGAGGAAGUGAAGGAGCUGUGUGAUGGCCUGGAGUUAGAAAAUGAAGAUGUGUACAUGGCAUCCACCUUUGGGGACUUCAUCCAGCUGUUAGUGAGGAAGCUGCGAGGGGACGAUGAGGAGGGCGAGUACAGCAUUGACUACGUGGAAAUGGCAGUGAACAAGCGCACUGUCCGCAUGCCCCACCAGCUUUUCAUUGGGGGGGAGUUCGUGGAUGCCGAGGGCGCCAAGACCUCUGAGACCAUCAAUCCCACUGAUGGAAGUGUCAUCUGCCAGGUAUCCCUGGCCCAAGUCACCGACGUUGACAAGGCAGUGGCCGCAGCCAAGGAUGCCUUUGAGAAUGGACGGUGGGGGAAGAUCAGCGCGCGGGACCGGGGCCGGCUGAUGUACAGGUUGGCAGAUCUCAUGGAGCAGCACCAGGAGGAGCUGGCCACCAUUGAGGCCCUGGAUGCGGGUGCCGUCUACACGCUGGCCCUGAAGACCCACGUGGGCAUGUCCAUCCAGACCUUCCGCUACUUUGCUGGCUGGUGUGACAAGAUCCAGGGCUCCACCAUCCCCAUCAACCAGGCCAGACCCAACCGCAACCUGACCUUGACCAGGAAGGAGCCUGUUGGGGUUUGUGGCAUCAUCAUCCCCUGGAACUAUCCCCUGAUGAUGCUGUCCUGGAAGACAGCUGCCUGCCUGGCUGCCGGGAACACAGUGGUGAUCAAGCCUGCUCAGGUGACCCCACUCACAGCCUUGAAGUUUGCAGAGCUGACAUUAAAGGCCAGCAUUCCCAAAGGUGUGGUUAACGUCCUCCCAGGAUCUGGCUCCCUGGUCGGCCAGAGACUCUCAGACCAUCCUGACGUGAGGAAAAUCGGGUUCACAGGCUCCACAGAGGUGGGCAAGCACAUCAUGAAAAGCUGUGCCAUAAGUAACGUGAAGAAGGUGUCCCUGGAACUGGGCGGGAAGUCACCCCUCAUCAUCUUUGCUGACUGUGACCUCAACAAGGCUGUGCAGAUGGGGAUGAGUUCUGUUUUCUUCAACAAAGGAGAGAAUUGCAUUGCAGCAGGCCGACUCUUUGUGGAGGACUCCAUUCAUGAUGAGUUCGUGCGGAGGGUGGUAGAAGAGGUGCGGAAGAUGAAGGUGGGCAACCCGCUGGACAGGGACACCGACCACGGGCCGCAGAAUCACCAUGCCCACCUUGUGAAGCUGAUGGAGUACUGCCAGUGUGGCGUGAAGGAAGGGGCCACACUGGUCUGCGGCGGGAAUCAAGUCCCUCGGCCAGGGUUCUUCUUUGAGCCAACUGUUUUCACAGACGUGGAAGACCACAUGUUCAUAGCCAAGGAGGAGUCCUUCGGGCCUGUCAUGAUCAUCUCUCGGUUUGCUGAUGGGGACGUGGAUGCCGUGCUGUCUCGGGCCAAUGCCACGGAAUUUGGCCUGGCUUCUGGUGUCUUCACCAGGGACAUCAACAAGGCCCUGUAUGUCAGUGACAAGCUCCAGGCAGGCACUGUGUUUGUCAACACGUACAACAAGACCGACGUGGCUGCUCCCUUCGGAGGAUUCAAACAGUCUGGAUUUGGCAAAGAUCUAGGAGAGGCAGCUCUGAACGAGUACCUGCGGGUCAAGACAGUGACCUUCGAAUACUGAAGAAAGGUCUUUGUGAGAAGAAAGUCCCUGCCCCUCCCUCGUGGCUGGGGCCCCCUCCCUCUUGAGCCUGGGUGCACAGCACCUCCCACCUGGGGGGCUAGUGGAAGCCCUCCUGCCUGCACACCAUGUCUGCAUCUUGGACGCCCUCUGUCCAGUCAGAAGCAGCCCUUGGCUGGGUGAGGUGUGCCCCUCCCAGGGAGAAUAAAGCUUCUGAAGAGAGA